AUGGUUUGCAUAGGCUACGGCGUCUCUGCCUAUAGGCGCAACCAGAUCGAGACAUACCUGUCGCGAACUGCCGAUUUCGAGAAGCAAGACAUGGACCGAAGGAGGAGAUCGACUGUCUUGAUGGAUGCUUAUGGGGACAAGUCCAGUUUGGAGGACAUCGAGCGGGCAAUGGCAAUUUACGAAUCGCAACAAGGAGACGAGUAA